GCCCAAUACCCCAGCUUCACUUUCUUCUUUACUCACCACCACCGAGGUUGCGUAACUGUGAGGGGAGAAUGGGGGUGAGCUUGGAGGGUUCGAAAGUGAUAUUGGUACCCUACAUGAAACAACACGUACUCAAUUACCAUGAAUGGAUGCAGGACCCGUUUCUACUUCAAACCACCGGGUCGGAUCCUCUCACCCUUGAAGAAGAGUACCAGAUGCAGCUUUCUUGGACCCAAGACCCCCUCAAGUGUACUUUUAUUAUCUUGGAUAAGGGUUUGAUUUCUGGCAAGUUUAAUCAUGGUGAUCCUCAUGUUGAAGCCAUGGUAGGUGAUGUAAAUAUGUACAUGAACGAUUUGGAAGAUGCCCAACUGGGUGAGAUUGAAAUCAUGAUAGCUGAGCCUAAAAGUCGUGGCAAAGGACUUGGGAAGGAAUCUGUGUUAAUGAUGUUAGUGUUCGCCAUUGAAAACCACAAAAUCAACACCUUUCGUGCCAAAAUCGGUGAUUCGAAUGAAGCUUCUUUGAACAUGUUCCGUAAACUGGGCUUCAAGGAGGUCUCUCACAGUGAAAUCUUCAAAGAGGUAACGCUUGAGCUUCCAGUGACAGCAGAAAAGAGCAAGGAGUUGCUUCAGUUGGUUGGGGGGGAUAUGGUUAAGUAUAUUUCAUAGGCUUCAAAACAGUCAACUUUUAAGAUCGAAACUUUAAACUCCUUAGUUGUGUUGUUGCCGCAAACUUUGAAGUUGAUGUCAAAUCGGAUGUUCCUGUUGUAUAUAUGAUGAUGCGGAAUCACUCUAUAGACUAUAGAUAAGUGCAGUGACUCGGGUAUAACUUGUUGAAAGCCAGUAGUGUUGCUUUUGAACCCAUCAUGCCAGUUUGGUCCAUGUUGAAAGCCUUUAGUGGUUUGUCCUUGGCCUUUUAUUAUGUAUUCUUAAUAUUUAACUUCUUUUUCAUGCUCUCUU